CUGCGCAGUGAGGGCCCCCGAAGUGAGGCGCUGUCAUGUCUGUGGCCGCGAAGGAGCAGCUGCCGCGGGAGGUGGAGGAGAAGGGGAGCCGGGAGAAGAUGAGAUCUGUGUCUGUGGAUCUAAAUAUUGACCCUUCACUGCAGAUUGAUAUCCCUGAUGCUCUCAGUGAAAAAGACAAAGUGAAAUUCACAGUCCAUACUAAGACUACACUGCCAGUUUUUCAGAGCACAGAAUUCUCAGUUACAAGACAGCAUGAAGAUUUUGAGUGGCUGCAUGACACAUUUAUUGAGACAGAAGAGUAUGCAGGACUAAUUAUUCCUCCAGCACCUGCAAAGCCUGACUUUGAUGGCCCCAGAGAGAAGAUGCAUAAGCUUGGGGAAGGAGAACUGUCUAUGACAAAAGAGGAAUUUGCCAAAAUGAAGCAAGAGCUGGAAGCGGAGUACCUUGCGGUCUUCAAGAAAACCGUAUCGUCACAUGAAGUCUUCCUUCAGCGAAUUUCUGCCCACCCUCUUCUCAGCCAAGAUCACAACUUUCAUGUCUUCCUUGAGUAUGAUCAGGAUCUAAGCGUUCGGAGGAAAAACACAAAAGAAAUGUUUGGUGGCUUCUUCAAAGUCAUGGUGAAGAGCGCUGACGAAGUUCUAUUCUCUGGAGUUAAAGAAGUAGAUGAUUUCUUUGGACAAGAGAAGACAUUUCUUGUAAACUACUACAACAGAAUCAAGGAUGCAUGUGCAAAGGCAGAUAAGAUGACAAGAGCUCAUAAAAAUGUUGCAGAUGACUAUAUUCAUACUUCAGCUUGCUUAAAUAGUCUGGCUCUAGAAGAACCAACUACCAUUAAAAAGUACUUGGUGAAAAUUUCUGAGCUCUUUGAGAAACUCCGGAAAGUAGAGAAUCGUGUUUCUUCUGAUGAAGAUUUGAAACUAACAGAAUUACUAAGAUAUUAUAUGCUCAAUAUAGAAGCAGCAAAAGAUCUCUUGUACAGACGUACACGGGCCCUUGUGGAGUAUGAAAAUUCAAAUAAAGCUUUGGAUAAAGCUAGGUUGAAAAGCAAAGAUGUCCAGUUGGCAGAAGCACAUCAGCAAGAAUGCUGUCAAAGAUUUGAGAAACUUUCUGAAUCUGCAAAACAAGAACUGAUCAACUUCAAACAGAAGCGAAUAGCAGCAUUUCGUAAAAAUCUAAUUGAAAUGUCUGAGCUCGAGAUCAAGCAUGCAAAGAAUAAUGUUUCUCUCAUACAAAGCUGCAUUGACUUGUUAAAGAAGAACUGAAGGCAACUUACCUGCGGGGGGUGGGGGUGGAGUGAGGAAGGCACUUGGAAAUUGCACUCAAAAAGCCGCUUGGGACUCUGUUUCUAGCUUGGUUUCUCUACAUCACCUUUUUCUGGCUAAAAACUUAACCAAGCUGACACUAAUGCAUUGAUCUCAAUGAUAAAAAAAAAAUGUAUUACACAUAGAUUUGCUUGAAUUUCCACUGAUGUGUUAAUCCUCAGGGUAAGCAAACAAUAUGUGUAUGAGUGUGAUAACUGGUAAAUUACUAUUGUGGAAGAAACUGGCUUCUGGAAAAAUGCCUUAUCACUGGAAAUGAACUUGUGCAGUGGAAGAUUUGAAAUUACAAUCUGUCAUGGUGCCUAUUGCAUAUAUACCAUAACCCAAAUAUCUCAAUUUCCGUGUGCAAAUGACUACAGCUAAUGCUUUGCAGUUUUAUAAGGAAAUGCAUUAACAUUAAAUUUCAUAAACCUCUACUGCAAUGUUUUUUGAUUCACUGUGUAUGUACUUUUGAAGAAUACAAAAUAAAUAUGUCUACUCUUGA